AUGGAGAAUUCUUCAAAUGAAUUUUUUUUUAUCCUCAGUGGUCUGAAUGAUACAAGGACAAACAGGCAGAUAUAUUUUUCCUUCACUCUUCUAGUCUAUUUUUUUACUCUUUUUGUGAACUUGACUCUGAUUAUGACAAUUGUGUUUGAGAACAUACUGCAUGAGCCCAUGCACAUAUUUUUGUGUAAUCUGUGUGUCAACGGACUUUGUGGUGCUACUGCUUUCUAUCCCAAGAUUCUCAUGGACUUGCUAGCAGACUCACAUAUGAUUUCCUACAGUGCAUGUUUAACACAGAUUUUUGUCAUCUACAAUUAUAUUUUCUGUGAAUUCACCAAUUUAGCAGUAAUGGCUUACGACAGGUAUGUUGCUAUAUGCCGGCCACUGCAAUAUUAUUCUAUUAUGACACCUCAGAAAGUGGGAAAACUGUUGGUUAUUAUCUGGCUCAUCCCUAUUUUCGAGACCACUGUAGGAAUGAUUAUGACAGCUAAACUGCCUCUCUGUGGGUCUAAAAUCGAUAAGAUUUACUGCACUAAUUGGGAAGUGGUGAAGCUUGCUUGUAUUGAUACCACACUGAACAACUUGUAUGGCUACAUUCUCAUGUUUUUGCAUGUUUUCCAAACAUUUUUACUGAUCAUGAUCUCUUACAUCCACAUCAUCAGGACUUGCUUACGGUCUCAGGUAGAACAGAGUAAAUUCAUGGAGACAUGUCUGCCACAUCUAAUUACACUAAUUAAUUUUACCUUGUCAGUUAUUUUCGAUGUAAUGUAUGCACGCUAUGGCUCCAAGUCUAGUGUACAAGCUCUCAGGAAUAUUCUCACAGUGGAAUAUCUUGUUGUUCCCCCUUUGCUAAACCCUCUCAUUUACGGUCUGAAACUUAAGCAAAUACGUUGCAGUGUGGGUAGGAUGUUCAGCCAGAGAAUCAGUGCAGUGAAGUAA